CCCAUCUCCUUUCUCCCUCUCUUUCUCUCUCUGACGCCAUUAGAAGGCAUUUUUAGAUUCAAGCAAUCUCAGAACCAAAACCCUAGGAAAUCCGAUCAAAUCCCAAAUCCACACACUGAUAAACAACAACAACAACCCCCUAAACGACGACGCUUCCUCCUCAUUUUCGUCUCUGCAAAUCUGUAGAGAGCGGAAAAUGCCGAGCGUCGCUGUCAAGCUCUACAGCGUCUUCUUCAAGUUCCUCUUGAAGCACCGUCUCCAGAACCGGAUCCAAACCCGACCCGACGACUUCGACCCCUUCGGCGUCACCUCCCGCCCCGAAGAAACCAUCGCUGCCGCCAAUCCCCUCUUCGACGACGGCGUCGCCACCAAGGACAUCCACAUCGAUUCAUUCACUUCUCUCUCUAUCCGAAUCUUCCUCCCGGAGUCCGCUCGCUGUCCGCCGGAGCCGUCCGGUAAAGCUAGGGCCAAGCGGCCGGAUCUCAAUUCUCCGUCGCAGUCGGAUUCCGUCCGCCCCAGCCCCAACGGCUCGCCGUUCCAUCCUUCCCGCCGGAACAGCUACGGCAAUGCCGCGGUGGCGAAUACGUUGAGGGCGGAGCCGAGGAGGAACAGCUACGGGUUUAGCAAUGACGCCGAGGGGUUGAAUUUGAUGGCCGGAGGAGGAGUCGGGGCCGGAGUGUACAGAGGAUACUCCCCGGCCAAUUCGGCUAAGAAGAGCCGGAAAUUGCCGGUGAUAUUGCAGUUUCACGGCGGUGGUUGGGUCAGUGGGAGCAAUGACUCGGUGGCCAACGACUGUUUCUGUCGCCGGAUUGCGAAAUUGUGUGACGUCAUCGUGUUGGCUGUGGGGUAUAGGCUUGCGCCGGAGAAUAGGUACCCGGCGGCAUUUGAAGACGGGUUGAAGGUGUUGAAUUGGCUUGGGAAGCAAGCCAAUUUGGCUAACUUGUCCAUGGGCGGGGGCGCCUCCGAGUUGAAGAAGUCGGAUAAUCGCCACAUUGUGGAUAAUUUUGGAGCAUCAAUGGUUGAGCCGUGGUUGGCUGCCCAUGGAGAUCCAUCAAGAUGUGUUCUGCUUGGGGUGAGCUGUGGUGCAAACAUUGCGGACUAUGUAGCUCGGAAAGCUGUAGAGGCGGGCAAGCUUCUGGAGCCUGUAAAGGUGGUUGCACAGGUCCUUAUGUAUCCGUUCUUUGUUGGCAGUGUUCCCACGCAUUCUGAAAUAAAAUUGGCAAAUUCGUAUUUCUAUGACAAGGCAAUGUGUAUGCUAGCAUGGAAAUUAUUCUUACCCGAGGAAGAGUUUAGCUUGGAUCAUCCAGCUGCCAAUCCUCUCAUUCCAGACAGGCAACCGCCUUUAAAGCUCAUGCCUCCAACCCUUACAGUGGUGGCAGAACAUGAUUGGAUGAGAGACCGUGCCAUUGCUUACUCAGAGGAGCUUCGGAAGGUAAAUGUUGAUGCACCUGUAAUGGAGUAUAAAGAUGCAGUUCAUGAAUUUGCAACCCUAGAUAUGCUUCUCAAGACACCUCAGGCACAAGCCUGUGCAGAGGAUAUUGCCAUCUGGGUAAAGAAAUACAUCUCACUGCGAGGUCAUGAGUUCUCAUAUUAAUUAGGAGACAAAACCACGAUAUUUCUCCAGAACAUAAUCAUCUGCCUGUGUAUUCUGUUAGAAGAUAAGCAAAGAGUAUAGCAGCCUGCUGGCUUUACCUGGUACUUAUACUGCUAAAUCACUCAGGUGGCCUCCGCCUCCGCCUCGGUAGCCGUCGGGAUGUGUUUCAAUUAACAAAGGUAUACCAUGUGACCUUGUGAUGCUCUGUGUUUUGUAAGAUAGACGAGUUGCCUGAGAGUAGGAUUUAGAUGAGCCUGUGAGAUGUACCUCAUUUUCUGGUGAGGAGCCAUGCCGAGUUCGGACAUUGUUGUGCCAUUUUUUCCUGUGAAUUAUGAAAUUUCUUAUAAAUAGAGUCCAAUUAAUUUUAUUGCACUCAUCU